GCGACGAAAGCACGACAAAAGCCUAGACACUUCGUUGGAGGAUCGCAUAGCUCGGAUGGAAGCCAUGAUCCAGAACCAGAACAGAACAUCUCCGUCGGUGUCUGACACCGCUCAUCCUGGCAGUGUCAGUAGCCAGAGCACUCUGGUGACGCAGACACUCGGGCCACAACUUGGAAGCGUCAGGAACGAUGUAGACGCAACAACAUCCACCUGGAACGAGGCCCAGCAUCUUCGGUCGAUGGGCAUAGAGACCUUGUUGCUCGAAAACCCUGCCUUGAUGUCUUUUGUGCCACAAAAAGCUGCGCCAUCGUAUCAGAAUCCAUCCAAUUCAACCAACCCAAAUUUGGCGGAAACGGUGCAACAGUCCGCGGAAACCUUUCCAGAUAGGCAUGUUGGGUCCAAGGAGGACUCUGACGCUACAAACGUAGACAAGGAGGCCACUAUUCUUGCUCCGCAGGUGGUGAACUGGGAACAUCAUGGCCCGGGCUCCUGGCUAUCGGUCUGCUCAAGGCCAGGUCUAGAUUGGGUUGCACAAAGAACCGGGGUGCCAGAUUUUGAAAAUAGUGCCAGAGAAUUGGUAUCCACGUGGACGAGGCGUUUGACAUUGGAUCGAAACAAAAUCACAUGCACCCAACACCGAGAGCCUGAUCCCGAGACUGCGUGGAAAUAUUAUGCUGGAAAAGCAUACUUUGAGGAUUCGUUCGACUCGACUCUCGGCAUUGUGUACAGACCCGAGUUUGAAAGCGCUCUUCGAGCCCACUUCCGUGGAGAUCUGGUGUCAGGCGACGACGCCGCCUGGUUUGCCUUGCGCAAAACCGUGUACGCCUCAGGAUGUCGCAUCUACCUUUCCAAAAACACGUCGAUGAGUUUCACAGAGAUCCAGACUGAGGCAUGGAGCUAUUUUCAGAGCGCCAUGUCCGUCCUCAUCGAGUUGCUUUUCACUCCCACAGGUUUGCUCGCUGUUCGCGCCCUGGUCGCAAUGGCAUUUUUCGCUGAAGGGCUCGGCAAUCCCGCCCUUGAGUAUAUGUUCUGUGCCAGCGCGGCGCGAGUGGCUCAGGCAAAAGGACUACAUCGGCGACCAGCCAAAGCUUGGAACGUGGCUGCUCAUGAUGAGCUACACUAUAGUUGGCUGUUCUGGGCUAUAUACUGCUGCGAGAAGCAUAUUGCUCACCGCUCUGGACGACCGUCUGCCAUCGACGACGACGAGAUUAGCUGUCAGAUCCCGUCCGAGGCCUGCCCUGGAAGCACUCUUGACGUGGAGGCAUUCACAUAUCUUAUCCGGCAUGCCCAGAUCUCCUCUCAGAUCUCCAAGCGACUCAUGUCGGUGAAGGCCUUCCAACAGCCGCCGAGCACUCUGCUUGAAACCGUAGCCCAACUAGAUCACCAGCUGCACGAAUGGAGAGAUUCUCUUCCGCCAGGACUGAGACCCGACGACCGCCUCAGGUCCUUUCAGGCCUCCCGCGACGCCAGGUAUCUCCCUACCAUCCUGAUGCAUUGCGCUUACUACGGGAGCCUGAUGGCGAUACACACCAUCUUCGCCUACCCGUGGGUGUACAGCACCAUCUUUGGGAACGGCAGGGGUGUUGUUACUCAAGACCAAGUGAUCUUCAGCUCGAAUACGGUUGCAGAGGCCGCGAGGAACAUUAUCAUCAUCGCGAGAAGCCUGGAGAUCAACGGUGCAUCGAUCCAAUGGCCAACCUUCUACUACCCCAUGAUUGGGCUGAUCAAUCUUUUCAUCCACAUUCUCAAAUUCCCGUCUCUGCCCUCCGCGCGAUCUGACGUGGCCUUGCUCGACGUGGCCGCCGGCUACUUUGGACACAUGGAAUUCAUCACGUCCUCGGAGCUCAACUUUCCUUUUGCCCGCGACGUUGCCACGGUCGCUCGACAGACGGUCAACAAGGCCUCGAAGACCGAUGCCCCCGCGAUCACGAGCGCGGACGACGGCUUCAGCCUCGCCAACGACGUGGACAUUCCUUUCGGGGAUAUCUUCUGCGCCAGCCAGGACUUCAACCUUGACGACUGGAGCGUGUUCUCCUCCGUGUUCUCCGACGAAGCGCUGAUGAAUCGAGAGAUCGGGUUCUGA